GCAUAUUCCCUCUACCUAAGAAGUGAAGAUUGAAGGUUCCAUCCAUGGCUACUACCAAACUCGGCUUUGUCACUCUCCUCCUCCUCUGCGGCAUUGUUAUGGUGGUGAAACAUGCAAAUGCCCAACAAAUGAAACCUUGCACUCUAGAAUGUGACGGUCGAGCAGAGUAUAUGAUCUGCCCCUAUGAGCAGGGGUCAAAGGUGAAGCAAUUCCAAGUUGCAGGCUCACUUUGUAUGAACUGUUGCGGAGCAGAGAACCUGGGCUGCAUACUCUUCGAUCAAAGUGGAACUCCCUAUUGCAAUGAGGACCGUUCGUUCCGUAGCGAAACCAAAGAAAUGAAACCUUGCACUAAAGAGUGUGACGGGCGAGCAGAGUAUAUGAUCUGUCCUCGUCUGCAGGGGUCAAAGAUGAUGAAAGUUGGAGGUUCACUUUGUACGAACUGUUGUGCAGCAGAGAACAUGGGCUGCAUACUCUUAGAUGAAAAUCAAACUCCCUAUUGCCAUAAAGAGGAGCGCUCGUUUAUCCGUAAGAUGGCGGCCUAGAUCCAUGCAUAUAUGCGCCAAUAAAACGCAAACUUCAAGUUUGCUCUACGUACUGCAUCUAUCUUUGAAUAAUUAGGAUCGGAUUGGAGAUUAUUAGGCGGCCUAUGUACGCCAUCUCCUAUGUUGUACUGAUCUGAAGCUUUUGCCGAUGUUAAUGGAAGGAAAGUAGUGGAAUUAA